AUCCUCCAUUCAUCUACCGACCCCAUUUGGCACCAGUAUAUAAGUGCUACCGUCACUCCUGAAUUCCAUCCACCCCACUCUUCUAGACCCUCCCUUCCCAUGGCUCGCCCCCUCCAAUCGACACACCCGGCAAUGGGCGCCCCUCAGCUCGGCCUAGUCGCGAUGACCCUCCUCCUCUGCGCCUUCGCGCUGUUCAUGUGCGCUUCCCAUUCCAGGAGGCGGCGGCGGCACUGGCAAGAGUGCUACGGUUUCUUUGAGGAGGAGGCCGUCAUAGAGCUCCACAACGACACGGUCAUCUUGGAGUCACGAGCGGACUGCGAAGGCAACAUGUUCAUGGAUGGCAGAGAAAACGAUGAGGAAGAAGCCGCCACCGCCGCCACCUCUGUGUGGCGGAAGAACAUUCUCCUGGGCGGCAAGUGUCAGCUACCCGACUUUUCCGGGGUGAUAAUUUAUAAUGCCGACGGGAAUAUAGUCACCCCUCCGAAGACUCCUCGCCCUUUGUUGCUCACAUGGAAGUGACGAGGAAUUUCAAUCGACAGACAUUUUAUCCUACGUUGUACCGAGCAAGCGUCUUUUGAUUCUGAAUGUAUGUUGAACUCUUAUGUUAUUGGAGCACCAAAUGUUGGAAAUAGAGUCGAGGUAAAGAUUGACAUA